UAUAUACAGAAUAACAUGGCUAUAAACAGAGUAACAUUGUUAUAUACAAGGAUACUUAAUAUAAUAUCUCUAGAACAUUUUACUAUUUACCGUGUGUGUGUGUGUGUGUGUGUGUGUGUGUGUGUGUGUGUGUGUGUGUGUGUGUGUGUGUGUGUGUGUGUGUGUGUGUGUGUGUGUGUGUGUGUGUGUGUGUGUGUGUGUGUGUGUGUGUGUGUGUGUGUGUACAGGUACGGGUACUGGCCCUAUGGUGUAUUCACUAAGAUGGGUAUCCCUGGUCCCAAACCCCUACCUUACUUUGGCACAACGAUGGAGUAUAGAAAGGGCAUCACUAACUUUGACACAGAGUGCUUUCAGAAGUAUGGGAGAAUCUGGGGGAUCUAUGAUGGGAGGCAGCCUGUUCUGUGUAUCAUGGACAAAAGCAUGAUCAAGACCGUCCUGAUUAAAGAGUGUUACAACAUCUUCACCAACCGCAGGAACAUCAUUCUGAAUGGUGAGCUGUUUGACGCGGUGUCCAUUGCCGAGGACGAUACAUGGAGACGGAUCCGCAGUGUCCUCUCACCUUCCUUUACCUCUGGACGACUGAAAGAGAUGUUUGGUAUCAUGAAGCAGCACUCUGCUAACCUGCUGAAUGGAAUGAAGAAGCAGGCAGAUAAAGACCAGACCAUCGAUGUGAAGGAGUUCUUUGGGCCCUACAGUAUGGACGUGGUCACCAGCACAGCCUUCAGUGUGGACAUUGACUCUCUGAACAACCCUUCAGACCCCUUCGUCUCCAACGUCAAGAAGAUGCUCAAGUUUAACCUGUUCAACCCACUGUUGCUACUAAUCUUGUUGUUUCCCUUCACUGGUCCGAUCUUGGAGAAGAUGAAGUUUUCUUUCUUCCCGACUGCAGUGUUGGACUUCUUUUACGCCUCGCUGGCGAAGAUCAAAUCUGGACGUGACUCUGGGAACUCAACUAGUCGGGUGGAUUUCUUACAAAUUAUGAUCGACUCUCAGAAAGGCAACGACACAAAGACAGGAGGGGAACAGACUAAAGGACUGACUGAUCAUGAGAUCUUGUCUCAGGCCAUCAUGUUCAUCUUCGGUGGCUACGAGACCAGCAGCAGUACUAUGAGUUUCCUGGCCUACAACCUGGCAACCAAUCCCCACACCAUGACCAAACUGCAGGAGGAGAUAGAUACUGUGUUCCCCAACAAGGCUCCAAUCCAGUACGAAGCUCUGAUGCAGAUGGACUAUUUGGACUGUGUGUUGAACGAGUCUCUGAGACUGUACCCCAUCGCCCCGCGACUGGAGAGGGUCGCCAAGAAGACGGUGGAGAUUAACGGCAUCGUCAUCCCCAAAGACUGCGUUGUCCUGGUUCCCACGUGGACCCUCCACCGUGACCCAGAGAUCUGGUCCGACCCUGAGGAGUUCAAACCAGAGAGGUUCAGUAAGGAGAACAAGGAGUCUAUUGAUCCGAACACGUACAUGCCGUUUGGGGCGGGGCCCAGGAACUGUAUCGGGAUGCGCUUCGCCCUGAUCAUGAUCAAACUGGCCAUGGUCGAGAUCCUCCAGAGUUUCACUUUCUCCGUCUGCGACGAGACCGAGAUCCCUUUGGAGAUUGACAUCCAGGGUUUCCUGAUGCCAAAACGACCAAUCAAACUGAGGCUGGACCCCCAUAGCAACACCCCUAGCAACACCACCGCUACCACUCUGAAGGGUCCAAAAAUGUGACCGAAUGCAGGAGCCCCCACCCUUCCCUAGAGCCCCCACC